AUGGAGGAUAUUUUAAAUGAGAUAAUUUCAUUAAGUGAAAAAAAAAGAGAAGAAAAAGAGGAAAACAAGAAAAAAAAAAAAAAAAAAAAUUUUAAAGAUGAUGACACUUACAAUUAUUGUGAUGCAUCAACUAAUUGUACAGUUGAUGAUAUAAAUACAGAAAAAAUAAAUAUAUUUAGUAAAAUAAUAAAUGAUAAUAAAGGAAAUGAAUCAGAUAUGUAUAAAGAUAUUGAAAAAAAUGUUGAUGAAAAUACUCCUUUAUUUCAAAAUGAAAAUACAUUAAACACAUAUUUACUAAAUGUAAAUGAUAUAAACACUAAUAUUUCUAAUAUUUAUAAAAAUAUUGAUAAAAUAAAUGUUAUAAAAAAAAAAAUAGAUUUAAAUAUAUAUGAUAACGAAAAAUUAUAUAAAAAAGUGAAUUUAAUAAUAAAUGAUUCGGAACAAAUCGUUGAACAUAUAAAAAUAAAAAUUAAUGAAUUAAAUAAUGAAAAUAAUGAAUUUGAAAGAAGCAGCAAUAUGAUCAGUGAAAUUAAAUUGCGAAUAAAUAUAUUUAUUGACGUUGUAAAUAAGUACAAAUGUUGCAUAAAUAAAUAUAAAAAUAUAUGUAAUCAAUAUUAUGAAUAUGUAAAUAAAAAUAUAAUUAAGCAUUAUAAAUUGAUACAUCCCAACUUAAACGAUCAUAAUAUACAUAAAUUAUUAAAACAGAAUAAUCACAGUAUAGAAGAUUUUUUAAAUAUGAAUAAAACAUGCCAAAACAAUAAUAUAUAUUAUACAAAUGUGGAACAAAUAGAAAUAGAAAAAAUAAAAGAAAAAUACAAUGAAUUAAAAAAUCUUGAGAAAAGUAUAUUAUCAUUGAAUGAAUUAUAUAUUGAACUAGCAUAUGUAAUAAAAAAAAGAAAAAACGUUAUUAAUAAUAUUGAAAAUAACGUAUUUCAAGUAAAAGAAUAUACAGAAGAUGCUUUGACAAACAUAAUAGAAGCAAAAAAAUAUAAUGCAAUGAUUAAACAAAAAAUUAUGUAUUUUAGUAUUUUUCUUUUAAUAGUCGCUUUUAUUAUUUUAUUUCCAAUUUUUUUUAAUUUUACACUGUUUUAA